AUGGAGGCGGCUGAUGUUCAGCAUCGAAUUCUGAGCUUCACCCGCGCAGCAGAUUUCAGGGCAUGGUACGGUGCUUGCUGGUGUACCAGGCAAAUCACCGGCAACUUCGCCGCUGAUGUGCUGCGUGCACCGUGGUGGUUGCUGGACCAGACCGGGGAGGAUGUCAUCCUACAGGUCUUCGGCUUUUGCUCCCCUGCAUCUCAGCUGCGCCUCGCAAGCCUGGGGCGCGGCUGGCGCCGUGCCUCUCAGAGAAGGGAGGCUUGGCGUCACCUUCGACUCAGCUUCGGGUGGGGCCGCGACGUGGAGCUGCGCUGCCUCCUGCGAGCUCUGCAGCACUUCGCGCGGCACUACGGCAUCGGCGUUCUUCCGGAGCCGGAGGUGUCCAAGCCAGGAAGUCCAAAGGGGAACUUACCACGGACGCCGCCCUCCACGCCGACGGAGCUGAAGAAGUCGAUGUUGCCAGCGUGCGAAGGCAUCCAUUUGUCGCAGCAGCCCUCAUCGCAGCUGGUCUUCCGAAGGCAUGGUGUGGAGGCAGAAGCCGACGAGGAUGAGCCAAUGAAGGAGCUGUGGCUGCUAGAGCCCGAUCGGGGCAACAACGGGGCGCGCCGGACCCUCCGCCGUGCGGUCAUGCAGGAGCCGAAGAUGCUGGCUGGCCGCGCUGUCCUGGAGUUGGACUCAGGCGCUGGGAUGGUUGGACUUGUGGCUGCACAUCUGUGUCGGACCAUGACCCUGACGGCUGCAGAUGAGUUAGGAUGCCGGCUGCUGCGCUUCAACGCCCAAAGCCUUCACACUGCUACGAAAGCUUCUGGAAGGGCCAAGAGCUGUCAGGCCGCGUCGGUCAGCGGCAUUACGGGAAGACAGGUUCCUGUCUACGUCUACCCCGGGCACCGUGGUUGA